AGGAUGAAAGCUUUAUUUCUUUUAAGUUUGUUUCCAAUUGUUCUUGGACUGUCUGUGGAUGAAAAAUUGAAACAGUUAGAAAGGAAAUUUAAUUAUCUUGAAAAGGAAAACGUUGUGCUGAGAAAUGAUUUACAACAAAUGAAAACUGCGUCAGCGAACUUCAGAGAGCGUCGCCAAGGGGAACGGGCUGCAUUUUCAGCUGUGCUUGAUCACACAGUAGAGCAUGUCCAGAUCGGUCAAAAGAUUGUGUUCAACAAGGUCCUGCUGAACAACCAGCGUGUAUACAGUAGCAACACAGGGGCUUUCAGAGCUCCUGAUGACGGCCUCUACAUGUUCACCUACUUUAUUGCACAAGGAACAACAGGACAGUCGUGGGUGCAGCUUAUGAAGAAUGGCCAAGUCUUGAACGCAGCGGUGGCGGAUUCCCAGAGCCAGUUCCACGACACCCAGGGCGGUAACGUGGCCAUUGUCCAGCUGCAGGCGGGCGACGAGGUAUGGGUCGAGGAGUUCCACCAGAGUAACGCCAGGGUCUAUGGCGGCGCUCCGUUUUCAACGUUCUCGGGAGUUAUUCUCUAAAUCAGUAUUGAAUGAUACAAUUAAAUUAAAGGAAAAGAUCGUCAA